UUUUUAUUCGUAAAACAACGAACAUCAUUGGAUUAUGUUGAACAUAGAAAAAUACAAAAUGACAGAAGAGAAGAAGCAGAGAAGAGGCAGAGUUGAAAGUGACAGACCAGAGUGGGUGACGUUAGUGUUACCACUCGGGGAAGCAGCGGAGCGUUUUGACCUGGUGAGGGUCGUUUGCAGUCAUGGCCUGUUCAUGAUGGCCCCGAACCGGUGGGAUCCAAUUUCCAAGACCCUCCUCCGCCCUCUGCGGCUGAACCUCAACUCCCUCCGCCAUGAAUGGGAAUGGGACCCAUCUGAGGAGCCGGCUAGUUCGGCUUCCGAUUCGGUGAUGGUCCGCGUCUCCCAACCCCAAGAUUGUCCGCAGUAUCUCCAUGUUCACGUCUACUCCGGGACUCGCUCUCUGACUCCUGAGAACGAGGAAGCUAUACUCACCCAGGUGUCAAGAAUGCUGCGCUUGUCGGAAAACGACGAGAAAAUCUCCAGAGAGUUUCGUGAGUUAUACGGCUCCGACGACGAAGAAGAGGGCUCGGUCAUCGGAAGAGUUUUUAGGUCACCUACUUUGUUUGAGGAUAUGGUGAAGUGUAUUCUUCUGUGCAAUUGCCAGUGGCCGAGGACUCUGUCCAUGGCUGAGGCGCUUUGUGAUCUUCAGCUAGAACUUCAACUUAAGUCUCUAGUACCCGAUAAGAUUGAGCAUUUCAUCCCUGAAACACCUGCACUGAAAGAAGUAGAACCCAGGAAGAAGCUUCAAAAAUCCAAAGCUUCUAAAUGUUUAGCUUCCCAUUUUUCUGGAGAGAUCAAACAAGGGUUUGACGUACUUUCCAAUGACAUAGUUUUGGACAAAGUCCAACCCACAGCCCAAAACUUGAGGGCCUCAACUUUACAUUCAGUUCCUAUAAAAGCUGACUCGUGGGAAGAACAUUGUAGUGCUGAUUCUGGUUUGCCCUGUGAUCCUCACUUAUUCACAGACACUGGUUUUGAUAGGUUUGGAAAUUUCCCUACCCCAACAGAACUUGCAAAACUCGACAAGAAUUUCCUGGCAAAGCGCUGCAAGCUCGGGUACAGAGCAGGCCGGAUAGUGAAGUUGGUUCAGGGUAUUGUAGAGGGCAGGAUUCAACUAAGACAAUUGGAAGAAACUUGCAUGGAAAGGAGCUUGUGCAGCUACGAUAAGUUGGCUGAGCAGCUGAAACAAAUUGAUGGGUUUGGUCCUUUUACAUGUGCCAAUGUGCUUAUGUGUAUGGGAUUUUAUCAUGUCAUUCCAACUGACUCUGAAACUAUCAGACAUUUAGCACAGGUUCAUGCCAUACAAUCUACCAUUAGGACAAUGGUGACAGAUGUUCAAAAAAUUUAUGCAAAGUAUGCUCCAUUUCAGUACUUGGCGUAUUGGUCAGAGCUGUGGAGAUUCUACGAGAAAAGGUUUGGCAAGCUUAGUGAAAUGCCUAGUUCUGCUUAUAAACUUAUAACUGCUUCUAAAAUGACAACUAAACCAAGACAGCAGAAUAAAAGGAAGAGGGCAGCCUGACGUUUAAAGUGCCUUGAACCUGUGAGCUGUAGGGUUUGUUUAUACCAUUUUAGAACUUGUUUUAGUUAACUCUUUGGAAAGAAGUAAGAUCAGAUGUGAGUCUACAUGAUAUGUCUUACUAACAAUGUAACUUGACAUGUUGGCCUCUGACUAUUGCUCCUUUGUGAUAGAACGGAUUGUUUUGUUGUAGUAAGAUAGCCAUUCCAUUUGACUCAAAUUACUUGGGAAAUUCGCAAUGUUAUAGCAUGAGAGAGUGAGACGACUUGUACCAAGUUUGAACAAUGUUUGAGUUCUUGGAAGAUAUUUUAAUUAUGCUUUUAACCUUA